AUGUCGGAAGAUCAGAAUCAGCAUAAAAUAUUAAGUACUUUGGUCAAUGAUGAGAAGAAAAUCAUUCGUAGGGAAAUUGAAAAACAAAGGAGGAUGCAAAUGUCUAUUCUAUGCUCAUCACUCAGUUCUUCACUUCCUUUUCAUCUCAUCAAGGGAAAGCGUUCAGUAUCAGAUCACAUAGGUGAGGCUGCAAAUUAUGUCCAAAUUUUGAAGGAAAAGGUUAAUGAACUUGAAAAGAAGAGGGAUAAGCUCAAAGAAAUUAUUAGUUCAAGUAUGAUUGAAACUGGAAAUAUUGAACUAUCAGCAGAUCCUUCAAAUUUGGUGAAGUGUGUAAACAUUAAUCUAAUUCCAGAUGGGGUGGAAAUUGUUGUAUCCAGUGGUUUCGAGGAUCGCAGUUCGCAUUUAUCAGAAAUAAUGAAGAUAAUACUUGAAGAAGGAUGUGAUGUUGUUCACUGUGUUACCAACCAAGUUAAUGGGAAGGUAUUUCAUACUAUUAAGUCUCAGGUGGAAGACAUGGCACACCUUGAUCUUGCUAGGCUUCAAAAGAAACUCGAUUAUGCAAUCUUAUUGUCAAGGUAG